AUGUUUUUGGCCACAGGUCGAACAUGUCUUUGUCAACCCUUUUCAAGAUUACGACCUGCAAUUCAAUAUCGAAAUAUUCAACUAGCAACGAGACAAUCAUAUAGAAAUGGAGGUGGUAGAGGAAGGGGAGCGGGAGGAGGAGGGAAAGAGGGAGGUGAAAGGGGAAGUUGGCGAAAAUGGCAAUUUAAGUCACCUCCGCAGAAUAAGGGCCUGAUACUGGCAGCUGCAGCAAGCUUGAGUCCUGCUGUAUUUGUCCGACUAUCAGAAAAGGAUAAUGGUGGAACCGAGAUGACUGCAGAGGCGCGAAUGCUGGAGGCAUCAAGGGAGGAGAUUAGUAAGAAAGUUGGCGAUGAUGUCCAUGGGCUCGAACGAGUAAAAGAUUGUAUAAUCUAUUUCUUAGACGCCUAUCUAUGGGAACCACUCUGCACAAGCAUACGCUUCCUACACCUCGCGGUUAUAUUCGUUCCGGUUAUAAUUACUAUACCUGCUGCAUAUUUUGGAUCUAGGGAUCAAGCCCGAGAUGACGAGCGGACAGGUACUUUGUGGUGGUACAGGUUUUUAGUGAAGGCUAUGGAACGAGCCGGGCCUGCAUUCAUCAAGCUUGGGCAAUGGGCCGCAACUAGAUCAGAUAUCUUCCCUACGCAAAUGUGCGAAAUUAUGUCACAACUCCAUUCCAAUGCACCCGCGCACUCGUUACAUGCCACCAAAAGAAUUAUAAGCAGGGCAUUUGAUGGACGAUCCUUUGAAGAUAUAUUCGAAGAAUUCCAGGAAGAGCCCCUGGGAGUGGGAGCUAUAGCACAGGUUUACAAGGCGAAGCUGAAACCUGAUUUGGCAACACCAGGAGAUCCAGACAUUGGAAAGCCCACCAACAUACGACAGAAUGUUCGUAAGAAUGUUGAUACACUAAUGAAAAGUACACCACAACGAGUUCCAUCAAGUUAUGUUGCUAUUAAGGUUCUCCAUCCAGGGGUAGAAAGAGUCGUUAGACGAGAUUUACGGAUCAUGUGGGUCUUUGCUUCAGCAAUAAAUUUGAUUCCUACAUUUGAGUGGCUGUCAUUUCCAGAUGAAGUUGAACAAUUUGGACAAAUGAUGAGACUUCAGCUGGAUCUUCGAAUUGAAUCUGCAAAUUUAUCAAUCUUCCGAAAGAAUUUCAAGCCAAGAACAACAGCAUGGUUCCCUUUUCCCUAUACUCAGUUCACCACAAGACAAGUACUGGUGGAGGAGUUUGCACAGGGUAUACCAUUAUCUGACUUCAUGGAAAAUGGUGGUGGAGUAUUUCAACAAGAUAUUGCAGAUGAAGGACUAGAUGCAUUUCUACGCAUGUUACUAAUUGAUAAUUUUAUCCAUGCCGACCUCCAUCCGGGUAAUAUUAUGGUCCGCUUUUAUCAGUCUGAGAAACCCAACCUACCUUUCAGCAAACACAAAGAUGAAGACCCACAGUCUCAACCAGAUGUCACCGAACAGGUAUUGGCAAGACUUCAGCCAUACCGCCACAAAAAAGAUCCUCAAGCUUGGCAAGCAGAACUUUCAAAAAUUGAUAAAGAAGGAUUCCGGCCUCAAUUGAUCUUCAUUGACACAGGCCUGGUCACUGAACUAAAUGCAACCAAUCGAAGGAACUUUCUUGACCUCUUCAAAGCUGUUGCAGAGUUUGAUGGCUAUAAAGCAGGUCAUUUGAUGUGUCAAAGAUGUCGCCAACCUGAUGCAGUCAUUGAUGAAGAGAUUUAUUCUCUGAAAAUGCAACAUCUCGUCCUAGGAGUCAAGAGUCGUACAUUAGCAUUGGGCAACAUGAAGAUUGGGGAUAUACUAAAUGAAGUUCUUUCCAUGGUUCGAACCCAUCAUGUUCGGAUGGAAGGGGAUUUUGUCAAUGUGGUUAUUAGCAUAUUGUUGUUAGAAGGUAUUGGAAGGAGUCUCAACCCGGAUAUCGAUUUACUCUCUUCUGCACUGCCGAUUCUACGAGAAUUGGGUGCACAGAGUGGGGGUGGAAUGUUACGACAAGGUGACUUCUCCAUGCUGAAGGUCUGGGCAGGUUUGGAAGCUAGAAAGUUCUUGCAGGCUUCCAUUGAGGAUGUUGAAAGAUGUGUCAAGUAUGACCUGUUAUCACCAAAUGUAUAG